CUCCCCCACCCACCCGCCCGCUACCGACCGUGGCUCCGCCUGCGCGUCGCCACGUCACCGGAGACGGGGACCGCGGGUCGGCCCCUGGACGCAUGCGCUGGGGAGGCAGUGCGCCUGUGCGGCCGCGAGCGCCACCUUCCAGGGUCGCUUCUGCGGCUUCUUUUGGUCGGGCUCGCAUGCUGCGGGGCGCGCGGCGGGCGGCUGUAGCGGGAAGCCGGCCGGAAUGGGAUGCCAGCGCACUCUGGGCAGGAAGUGCGGCUGCCAGGGAUUGCGGAGCCGGGCCGGAGGCGCAGGGCCGGCGGCGCCCUCCUUAUGACGGAGAGGACGUUGGUGGGUUGCGGCGUCGCAGCCACCGCCGCACCGCCCCGGGUGCGCGAGCAGCGGUGGCAGGGCCUCCGCCAGAGCCUCCUGAGGCCAUCCACGGCCACGUGGGCGGCUGGGUGAGUCAACCACCCUCGGGACAGAGUUGCUGGGCCUUCCGCAAGAGUUCGCACGUGCAGCGAAAGUGGCCAGGUCCCAGGGACUCAGGUGGAAUUUCAGCUCAGGUUGAUCACUCUUGCCACUUCCCAAGACUUCUUCCACCCUUCCAAUUACUCUCCUCAAUCUGCGGUGUACCCAUUCUUCAUUCCCAUACAGAACUUUAUGGCGUGCAAGAGUUUGCUGCUACAUGCUAUGAGGGGGGAAAGAAUAUACAAGAGGAAGCUUGUGAAAUCUUACAGGCCUUGUCCUUAAUUAUCUUUGUUGAAAACAAUGGCUUUGGAAUCCAACCCACUGGAGUUUGAAUUCUCACUGGGCUAGAAUUAGUUGCAUAACCUUGGGAAAGUUACUGAAACUUUCUAAGACUUAGUUUCCUAAUAAAUAAAGUCAAGUCAGAUAUGUACAAUUCCUGGCAAAGAGUGAGCUUCCAACAAGCAUGGCCAGUUUCAGAUUCCUUUGCUAAACAAUUACCAGAAUGGUGGGAAUAGCUUACGUUCAUUGAGUGAAUGUUCAUUAUAUGUCAGGCACUGUAAUUAUUUAAAUCCUCACAGCAUCUUUGUGUUUGAGUUCUGUUGCAAAAACUAGCACACAGGAGGUUAAGAAACAGAAUAACACAGCUAGUCACUGGGAGCCAGGAUUUAAACACAGGCAGUCUGGCUCCAGAGCUUGUGCUCCGGCCACCAUAAAAUACUGCCUAAUGACAUGAUGUUGCAUGAGCUUUCUGUUCUCUUUCAUUUCUGCUCUUCAACAGUCUCCUUCCUUGCUUACUGCGCUUCCUAGCACUGAGGUCUGAACUUGCAGAAUGGAGUGGUAACUACGAUGAAACAUAAGCCCAUUUAAUUUAGUAUUAAAUAUUAUUGUUUGAAGUACUUCAAGGGAACUACCUUAAAUCAUCUCUCCCAGAAGUAUGCAGAUGAAAUUUUCGAAAAUUUUUGGAAAAUGCUGCUCUAGGGUUUAGAUUCUAGACAAAAUUUGACUUUUCUACAGGGCCACCAGUAUAUAUCAGGCUCUUGGUAAACAAAACACUAUUCAAAGCUUGGAAAGGAGUGGGUAGGUUAGGGUUCAGCCCCCAUUUACCCAUCGGCCAUCCCGGGGCCUUAUCCAGUAGACUUCUACUUCUCUAUAACUGUAAGCGAUGGCCCUGUAUUUCUGCAUGACUUUUUCUAUCAGUUCAAAUUAGGUUCAGCUGCAGGUGACAUCAAGUCCAAAAUAAUAAGAACUUAAGCUAGAGGUCUGUUUUUCUCAUAUGUAUAUAUAUAUAUA